AGACCAAUUACAGCAACAUGAAGCCAUGACCGUACUUCACACCUCCAGUUUCACUUCUCAACAGCUGCUUUUAGAAUAAGUCUUCUUUUAAUGCUAGUCUUCUGGCUUUUUCUAGAAUUGGUCUGAAAGACAAGAGAUCUUGUUUCUAUUUGUCCAUGGAGUUCCCAUUUUUUCAUGGAAAGAUAUCAAGAAAAGCAUGUGAAGAACUGCUGUGCAAGAAAGGACAGAAUGGUAGUUAUUUAAUACGAGAGAGUGAAAGUGUGGCUGGAGCCUUGUGUCUGUGUGUUUUCUUCGAAAAAGUCAUCUACACUUAUCGGAUCUUCAGGGAAUAUGAAGGAAAUUAUAAAAUACAGACUUCUGAAGGCGUUCCAGAAAAGGUCUUCAGAACGCUAAAGGAUUUAAUAUAUAACUAUGAAAAGCCAAACCAAGGGCUAGUCACAAAGCUUCGCUACCCAGUCAAGAAAACAAGCUCCUCACGAAGAAGCCAGAAGCUCAAGUUAGGAAAUGAUGACGUUUAUGAUGGUGAGAAUUCUAGUUUAGUCUGUCGUUUCAUUAAGACAACAAUUGCAUUGACAGAAAUUGAUGAAAGUGAUUAUGUUGAUGUCUUACCUUGAAUGAUCUGCAACCUGAUGAAUUGGAAAAACUCCAUCUUAGGCUGUGCCACAGCACAUCAACUGGAG